AUGAGAGUCCAUGACGGUUAUAUCGAGUUCGUCACCGACACUCGAGGCGGUGGUACGAAGAACCACAACUUCACCGGCGACGCGAUCAUCAUCCGCUUCGGCGCCGACGCGCUGCCGGUGCCGCCCAAGAUCCGCAGCGGAUACUGGGAGAGAGUCUACAACCGGGCUGACUCCGCCAAGAAAGGCCGUAGUUACCGCACCGCGGACCAGAAGAACCGGAAGACAUACCGGGAGGCUCUUCUGAAGCUGGCUGAGGACCUCUGCUCCGCUGGAGAGGAUAUCAAGGACUUCUACAAGGCGGAGAAGCGCCGGGUUCUCCGAGAGACCCGAGGAGUGCUAGAUGACGAAUUCGUGGCGUUUAUGGCCCGAGAGGAGAUUGAAAUUGACCUCAAUGCUUGGACUCAUCGGGAUCUGAGAGCUCACUCGUGA